AUGCGUGUCUUUUUUUUGCUCUGCGGCCUGUCGCUGGUGUGUCUCGUCCUGGGCGUUGCGCGAAGAUGCAGUGCGGCGGAUGGGGCACCAACCUUCAGAGCGGUGCAGCAGGUCCCCGGCGAUUGGGUGACGCGGUCCAUCACGUUUCUUUCCGCAGGGUACGCGGUGGAGGAGGAGGCUAUUUUUCAAAGUGACGUCGAUCGUUGUGUCAGCGCCUUGCACGGCAGAAUCCGCGGUGUCACUGCAGAGCCGUGGGACAGGUACGCGUCGUCACUCAACAUAUACGCCGUGUUUCAGUCCUCAGCGGUGUCGGGCGUCGCUGUGAAGGGAGAAUCGAAGAGUGGGCGAAACAAUCUUGGAUGCUCUAUUGUCCUCGCCUAUCCACCCGCCGUAAGUUGUGACCUGAGCGCCGUCUUCACAUUGGCAGCUUACGCCCCUGUCCGGGACCUUGUUGUUGUGCUGGUGAACCAGCCCAACCAUGUGGUGGGGGUGGGUGGAAAAUCCCUUGCGAUUUUCACCAAUGAUCCGUUGUUUAUGCCGUUCUUUGCUAUUCGCGAGCUAAGCAAAGCCGUUGCCUCACUGAGCUCGGAGUACGCUUCUGGCGUGGAGGAGAAGCGUGCCGUGCAAGUGCCCAACUGCGCCUCCUCCAUUGAGGCGGCGCGUGCGGCGUGGGGUCAUUGGAUUGGUCAGGGACUGGCUGAUGAAACGCCGUCUCAAGGUUGUUUCUUCAACAAUUACUACCGUCCGACGAGGCAAGCUUGCAUGCUGCGCAAUUCCUCGGUAGGAGAAUUAUGCGCUGUCUGCAAGGAGCAGGUGAACCUUGCGCUCCUUUCUGUGGACUUGAAUGCUUCCGUGGCACCUACACGCUGCACAAGCGCCGCCCCCACGUUGCUUGUCAGUCAUUCACAAGGCCUUCAGCUCCAUAUCGGAGAGAUUAAAGGGAUGACGAACAUGAAGGUGGAAUGGAGGCUUGCGGACGGAUCUAUCGUGGACACCGCCAACGCUUCUCAGCUGGUGAUCUCCUCAGAUGUGCUGCGGAGCUGGCGGUUACCGACGGAGGUAUGUGCCGUCAUUACAGAUAAUUCCCCGCAUAUUCGACCAAAGUGGCGUACGAGGCUUCCUCGACGAGUGGCGUCGUUUAGGCUUGCUUCCGAUGCAGCGUGGUCUCCGGUUAGCCUGAAAAGGUGUGGGUUGUCCGAGGUGUGCACAUCGUGUGAAGAGCCCCAUUGUAACGAAACUGCUAUUCCCCACUCAAAAGUUAUAAAAUGGGCUGUGGAAGAAGAUGUGAACGUGCGAAGAGAAAAUUACAUGAUUUUGGUUUUUAUCUGCAGCACUGUUGCUCUUGUUUUGCUUCUAACUGUGUUGGUUUUAUAUUUUCGUUGCUACUUAAGACGACCUCAUGAAAUAUUUUUCACCGCUUGCACGGACAGGGUGAUCCGCGGGGCCAUUCUUAUACUUUCUGUUAUUAUAACAUGCAUGUCUACGUUUACAUUGGCAGCAAUUCUUCUUUUUAUCGAGAAUCAUUCCAUUUUCUGGCGACAGUUGUUUGUUCCUUUUUUUGUCAUUACGGCAGCGACGUACCUGCUUUCGCUUUUGAAUUUUGUGUCUGUGGUCUUUCGUCUGUACGUGUCGACCAUCAUUUGCGGUGCCGUGCUACUCCUUAUUGGGCUGCUUCACGCAGUAUUAGGCACGCUUUUGGGACUUGCGGCAGUGCUCGCGAAGGACGCCCUAACUGGUUACGUGGCGUCCCAAUGGAUGGACACGGCACGCAACAACCCGAUCCAGAUAAGUCGUCUCCAGUCCCACCUGAAAUGCAGUGGGUUUUUUGUCGCUUGCCUUGAGGUUGUUUCGUCCAUCUGUCCGGUUGGAAGUGAGAGUAACUUGUAUGUCGAACCGUGUGCGACAGCCUUCGUGGAUGCCGUUCACGCUGCGCAUACGCCUCUAGUCGCGUCUGCCCUUAUCACGGGAGCCCUACUUAUUGUAUGCGCACCCCUUGACUUUGUGUUUGUGCUGCGUUCGCUCCACCUCUCGAGGAUGGGGCGACGACGACGGACGUACCGCAAUGACCCGCAAGCGGCAGUGUUGCCCCUAACUUUUGCGGAGGCAAGGAGGGUGCAUCGUAUGUUUGACAGGAGCUCCGAUAAAUACAGUAAAACGUUGGCGGGUCAGCGCGUCAGUGGGUUUUUGGAAAGGGCGUUUAACACAAAACUUAAGCCGGAAGAGAAAAUAAUGUUUGUGUCUGAAGGCCCUGUCACCUUCAAGAGACUCAUGUCACUUUUCUUCCCCCACUUUGCCACCGCACGCAUGGACCCCCGCCAGUUAACACCGGAGGAGGCACAAGUGGCCCAAGGUGUGUUUGAGUUGCAGUGCUGCCAGUUCCAAAAACUGUGGCAGUUCGCCAUGACAUCUGCGGCGCUCUCGCCAGGGACACUGUUCAACCUGUUUCGUUCCUACACGUGUGAUCACUUUGUCGUGGAGCCGCAUGAAUUUCUCGCGAUCAUCAAGAAGGCGGCGGAUGCAAACUCUGCAGAGGCUGCAAUGUGUCGGGGACUGACAGCCUUCGAGCUGGAGGGGCUGCGUAAUGCGUGGGCGGUGCUAAAACCAAGCAUUGUGGGCGACCUGAAUGAGGAGCAGAUUGCUUUAUUCUACCAAUGGACCCACCGUGCUGCUCUCCGCGGGGACGAACAUUUGAAGGAGUGGAAGCAAUUCCUCGACGUGCGGAAGCGCGGGGGCAUUGGGUGGGGCGAAUUCUGUUAUCCCUUUGCCAAGCGUGCCCUUCUAUGGAGAGCACGUGAAUUUUUGAGCAAUCUUGGGAAGGAGGUGCCUCCCGAGCUGCUCAGGAAGGAGUUGGUACAGUGGCGAUUCGGAGAUGCGGUGGUAAAUGCCAUUUUUUUUGCCAUACGAAGAGGCGAUUCCUAUUGA